AUGGCAGCAGCUGCUUAUGCAAAAGAUUUACUUUAUCGAAUUCCUCCUACUAAGAUUGAAGCUGAGAAGAGGAUUCUUGAUAUUAUUUCUGGUGUCCGGGAGGGCGUUGACAAGCUCCUUCAUACACAACGUGUUAAAGAACAAGAAACUAUUCUCAAUUGGCUUUCACCAGUCAAUUAUACCCCUUUACAAAUGGACUAUAUUAGGAAACGGCAGCCUGGAACUGGAAACUGGUUUCUAGAAUCUGCAGAGUACCAAGCGUGGCUGAAGACUGACAAGCAAACGCUAUUCUGCCCUGGUAUUCCUGGAGCAGGGAAAACCAUCAUCACAGCUAUUGUUAUCGACGACCUUCACAAAGGGUUUCAGAAUAACCUGAGUGUAGGCAUCACCUACCUAUACUGUGACUUUCGCCGGCGACACGAACAGACAAUAGAAGACUUGCUUUUAAAUUUAGUAAAGCAAUUUGCUCGGCAGCACACUUUUGUACCCAUUGAAAUACAGCAACUCUAUGAAAAGUGCAAAAAGGAAAACCGACAACCAUCCUUCGAUGAGAUAUCGCAGCUUCUUCAUUCCGUCAGCAAACUCUACUCAAAGGCCAUCAUUGUUAUUGGCGCAUUAGAUGAAUGUCAAUCCGAUUUAUGCCGAACAAGGCUUCUAACUGAGGUAUUCAAACUUCAAGACAAGACGAGUGCAAAUGUCUUCUUAACUGCAAGACUUAUUCCUGGAAUCCUGGAAAUAUUGAAAGAAAGCGUGUCGUUGGAGAUUCGAGCUCAAGAUGAGGAUGUGCAAAGAUACAUAAAGGAUCAGAUAACACGGCUGCCGUCAUUCGUCUUGAAUAAUUAUGAAUUACAAGAUAAAAUUAAGACAACUAUAUCCAAGGCCGUUGAUGGGAUGUUCCUUCUUGCCCCGCUACAUAUGGAAGCCCUAGCUCGAGAGCCAACAACUGGAUACAUUGAAAUAGCACUACAUAGCUUGCCCGAAGGAUUAGAAGCAGUAUAUAAACGAGCAAUGAUAAGAAUUGAAAGUCUAGGGAAAAGUACCCAAGAACUAGCGAAGACAAUUCUAUCCUGGAUUGUACAUGCGAAAAGAACGCUCUCUAUAAGUGAGCUCCAACACGCAGUUGCAGUCAAGCCCGGGGAGUCAGAGCUGAAUUCGAAAUUCAUUCCAAGUAUCGAGACUAUAGGCACAAUUUGUGCAGGCUUGAUCACCAUUGACAUUCCAGGUAACACCGUUAGGUUGGUGCAUUACACGACUCAAGAAUACUUCGAAAGGACACAUGAGAUGUGGUUUCCAAACUCGAAGUCCAAUAUCAAGACAAUCUGCAUUACAUACCUCUCGUUUAGCGCCUUUGAGAGUGGAUAUUGUUCGACAGACGCCGAAUUCCAGGAGCGACUGCGGUCAAAUCCCUUUUACAACUAUGCAGCAUGCAAUUGGGGGCACUUUGCACGUGAGACUUCGAUAUGUGGCCAGGAGACCAUAAAAUUUCUCAAAUGUGAUGCGAAAGUGGAGGCUUCCAGUCAGGCGCUGAUGAAAACCAGACUGGUCCCCGGAGAUUCAAAAGGAAGUUAUUAUUUUCCGAAGGGCAUGAGGGGUUUACAUUUGACGGCAUAUUUCGGGAUUGAAGAAGCGGCAAAGGCUCUACUUGACAGCUAUCAUCCCAAUGGUCAUGAUAGCUUUGGACGGACACCGUUAUCGUAUGCAGCAGAAAAUGGAAAUGAGUCUGUGGCGCGGCUGUUGCUUGCUACAGGCAGAGUCAGCAUCAACUACAAGGAUAGAGAUGAAGAGACACCUCUAUCGCGGUCGUUGAAAAAUGGCCAUGAAGCGAUGGUCAAGCUAUUACUCGCACAAAACGGUAUCGACCCGAACCCGAAGAGACUCAGCGGUACGGAUUUCUAUGGCCAAGAUCGGACACCAUUAUCAUUUGCCGCAGAAAGUGGGAAUACGGCAGCAGUCAAGAAACUGCUCGCAACGAAGGGUGUUGACAUAAACAUCAAGGCCAGGACUAGUUAUGGAGAUCAUGGACGGACUCCUUUGUCGUACGCAGCAGGGGAGGGGCAUGAAGAAGUGGUUAAGUUGCUGCUUGCGAUGGAUAAUAUUGAUCCAGAUCUCGGGACAAGUCGUCGCUACAAAACUACGAACCGUACGCCUUUGUCAUUUGCGGCACAGAGUGGGCACACAUCGGUGGUUAAGCUGCUGCUUGGAUGCUCAGCGGUUGACCCAGACUCUAGAGCGGGUGGGGAGCGCACUCACAGUCGCACGCCGCUGUCGUAUGCCGCAGAAAAUGGGCACGAAGCUAUAGUGCGGUUAUUACUCGCAACCGGAAAGAUUGACGUCAAUAUUGAGGCCGGAGGAGAGUAUAAUACUGGACGGACAGCGCUAUCAUAUGCGGCAGAGAAAGGGCAUGAGGCAGUAGUCGCUCUGUUACUCGCAACGAAGAACAUAAACUCCAAAUGUAGAGGCAGCCCGUGCAGUCACAGUGGGCGAACCGGACGGACUGCGCUAUCAUAUGCGGCAUGCGAAGGGCAUGCAGAGGUGAUGCGCCUGCUCCUCACCAUAGAUGGAAUUGAUGUGAAUUCUAAGGAUUUCACCGGGAGAACAGCCUUAUCCCUUGCGGCAGAGAAUGGCCAUGAGCCGGUGGUGCGCCUACUCCUUAGGGUGGACGGAGUGGACGUGAACUCUAGGAACAACCACGGAGAGACAGCCUUAUCACUUGCGGUAAAGAACGGCCAUAAGGCGGUGGUACGCCUACUCCGCAGAGUGGACGGAGUGGACUUGAGCUCUAAGGAUAACGGCGGACAGGCAUUCUUAUCACUUGCGAUAGAGGAGCUCAUGAGCCGGUGGUGA